AUGGCCGAGUGGUUAAGGCGUUGGACUCGAAAUCCAAUGGGAUAUUCCCGCUCAGGUUCAAAUCCUGCUCGAUGCGACUUGCCCAUUCAAUUCCAACAACAAUAUCAAAUGGACACUCUUGCCGCAGCCAUCAAACUUCGCUCUCUUUUGAAAAGCCACGACUUUUCUGUCCAACAACUCAGAAAAAUAGAGUCCUAUUUAGAAGAGCUAAAUAACAAGAUAUCAUCAAGAACGGACACCAGGUUUAUUAGUGGUGGAUACCAAAUUAUCUUGCGAAAGUGUGUUAUUGAAGGUUUUCGUAGUCUGGUACAAUCCUUCCGUGAUAAGAGGUGGAAUGAAAUACAAGAUUGUGUAAAUGGUAUUAUUUCGGAUCUAUCAGGAGAAGACAGUCGGCGAACAAAUGAUGAUGGGAACAACUUAAUUACAGAAGAAUUUGAUCUAACCAUACAAAGUUUCAGUAUGGAAUUCUGUGAGCUUCACAGAGGGUGUUGA